GGGCCGUCCUCACAUGUGCCUUCUGCAAUGUUACUACCCACGCAUCGGUGCUCGCUGGUACAAAUCAUUAUAAUUACCUAGUACCCCGUGCACUCACCAUUCUCCCCUGGUUUUAAUCACAAGAUUUUAUCCAGGAUUGACACUGCGAACCUAAAGACUCCGCCGCUUUGGACCGCGGUUACCCCAGACCGGGCCUUACUUGACUAACUUGUUAGUCAUUAGCGCCCCCAUCUGCUGACCGUCUCAAAUGCGGAGUAACUAGCUAGUUACUGCUUAUUAUCAUUCCCCGUGCCAACUCAUCUUCAAGGCUUCGUUAUUUAAUCUGUUAGGGGCUACUGCAACAAGACACCUACAGCAUCUGACUCGCGUCCUUGUUUGUUGAGACCCGUGGAUGCUUAUAUACUACUCCUGAACUACCCUUCUCAUUCUACGUCAUGAAGGGUCGGGUAGCGUUUGCGCUGAGCGCAGUCGCUUCAUCUGCCUUGGCCUCUGUGAUCCCGCAGCAGCAAGUAUUGACGAAUCCGCAAAUUCAUCAUGCGGAAGAGAAAUAUCUAAUUGAGCUGGCCCCUUAUCGGACACGAUGGGUGACGGAAGAGGAAAAAUGGGCGCUUAAGUUGGACAGCGUCAACUUCAUUGAUAUCACUGCGGAGCGGAAUACCGGUGUCUAUUCUAGUCUAGAUGCUGCUCCUACCGUUUCCUACCCACCAAAGAUGGAACAUUCCGAGCAAGUCUCCGCGCUUUCGCAGCGCCUGUCCAAGGACAACAUGAAGAACAACCUGGAAAAGUUUACUUCGUUCUACACUCGAUACUACAAGUCCCAAACGGGUGUGGAGUCAGCGCAGUGGCUCUUCGACCAAAUCCAGCAGGUUCUUGCGGAGUCGGGCGCCAUCGACCACGGGGCUACCGUCAACAAAUUCGCUCAUUCAUGGGGCCAGUUCAGUAUCAUUGCUCGCAUCCCCGGCCAGACCAACAGGACUGUCGUGCUGGGCGCCCAUCAGGACAGCAUCAACCUGUUCCUCCCCUCCCUCCUGGCUGCGCCAGGUGCUGAUGACGAUGGCAGUGGAACUGUCACUAUCCUGGAGUCCAUGCGUACUCUGCUGCAGUCAGAUGACAUGGUCCAAGGGAACGCACUCAACACGGUCGAGUUUCACUGGUACUCAGCCGAGGAGGGCGGCAUGCUGGGCUCGCAGCAGAUCUUCUCCAAAUAUAAAGACUACAAGCGGGAUGUCAAGGCCAUGCUUCAGCAAGACAUGACGGGCUACACCAAAGGGGCUCUGAGCGCUGGUCGGGAAGAAGCCAUCGGGGUCAUGGUCGACUAUGUUGACCAGGGACUGACCACAUUCAUGAAGAAUGUCAUCGCCGAGUACUGCGAUAUUGGCUUUAUAGAGACGAAGUGUGGCUACGCCUGCUCGGACCACACCUCAGCUACACCGAACCGAUAUUCCAAAUCCGGACCAUCCUACGUCAUCAUGGAGUUGACCAAACCCUACGGGAAAGAACUCCAGAUCGCCUGUCUAGCUGUCCAGAGAGCUACGCUUCUGACCAAGGAAGUGCUCCGGGCGGUAGACAAGGGCAGCCUCGACAAAAGCGACUCGAGCCCGGUCACCAUCGCCGAUUUUGCCGCCCAGGCACUGAUCAUCGCCGCCGUGCAUCGGAAUUUCCCCCAAGACACCUUUGUGGGCGAGGAGGAUGCGACGGCCCUCCGGAACAAUCAGAACCUCCUCGAGAGGACCUGGCAGCUGGUCUCCUCGGUCCAUCUCGACGACCCGGAGAGUGAAGCGCUGUUAUAUACCCCGGCCACCAAGGAUGAGAUGCUUCAGCUGAUUGACCUGGGCGCCCAGGGCAGCUGUGCCCGUCAGGGUCGCACCUGGGUUUUGGAUCCCGUGGACGGCACGGCGACCUUCAUACAAGGCCAGCAGUAUGCUGUGUGCCUUUCUUUGGUGGAAAACGGGUGCCAACGGCUGGGCGUCACGGGAUGCCCGAACCUGAACAUCGACGCGGGUCGGAUACAGGAGGACGUUGUGGAUCGAGAGGGCUACGGCUACCAGGUGUAUGCGGUCGCCGGAAAAGGCGCGUUCCUCCGUAAGAUGGGCAGGACGAGCCUACUUCCGUCUACACGCAUCGAGCCCAAGCGGCAGAUUACCGAACCCCAGGAUAUCGUGAUGGUGGAUUGCAUGGCAGCCGAGUCGACCGACUUCGACAAGCAUAGCCGUUUUGCGUCUCUCAUCGGCGCACCCUGGCCCCCUACAACGGAUCUCUGGGCUACACAGCUGCGGUACAUUGCGAUCGCCGUGACGGGCUGCAACUGUUUGGUGAAGUUGCCGCGCAAGCCCACCUACCGAUCGAAGAUCUGGGACCAUUCGGGCGGGAUGCUGAUCGCCCAGGAAUUAGGGUGCGUCGUGAGCGAUCUUGCCGGGAACCCGGUUGACUGUGGGCUGGGAAGAUCCUUGGAGGGAUGCUACGGUAUGAUUGUUGCGCCCGCUUCUAUCCACGGUCGUCUGGUCGAGGCAGUGAAACGUAUUACUUAAGUCCCGGAGGAGACGAAGUGACACGUUGAAGGAGGACAAGACCACACUGUGCUGGCUCGCAGGGAAACAAAACAAAGGAAACCAGGUAUUAAGCGAAACAUAUGGAAUCAUCACGCAUAUCGCUGUCCAGCGGAUCUGCUGUACGCCGUUAGUAGAGUAGUGGUGAGCAGGGCCGUGCGCAGAUCGACGACAUGGGGAAGUUGGUCAGUCUCGCAUAUCCAACAGUACACCCAGCUCCUCCAUGGGCUCCAGUUCAACCCCAUCAGUAGUUGGCUCCUGUAGCACGCUGGAUGUAGAGAAAUUCCUGCAAAUCGCCCGCCAACUUGUUCUUGACCUAGGACCCAGCCAUGCUUCC